AUGAAGAAAUUACGGCAAAAGCAUGCUAAGAAGGACAAGAAAAAAGAAAGUGGUUCUAAGAAAAGAGGAUCCAAUAGUUCUGCAAGUAAAGCUCCCGCCAAGAGAAGAAGAAUUUUUGGAGCAAUUUUCAGAGAUGAACUUCCUAAGAUACAAGUUUAUAAGUACAUAGAUACAUAUUGUGUUAACCAUAGAUAUAUAGUGUUCAAGAUUGAUGGUCAGCAAUUUGUUGUUGAGAAGGUUGGAGGAAAUCAAGAGACACAUGAAGAUCUUGCUAAUAGCUUGCCUUCCAAUGAACACCGCUAUGCUGUUUUUGACUAUGAUUUCACUACUAAUAAAAAUGUCCAGAAGAGCAAGAUCUUCUUCAUUGCUUGGUCACCAGAAACAACAAGGAUAAGAAGUAAGAUAUUGUAUGCAAUCUCCAAAGACAAAUUCAGAAGGAAAUUCGAUGGUGCACAGGUUGAAUUGCAGGCUACUGAUCAGAGUGAAAUGAGCUUAGAUACCUUCAUUGGCAGAGCUCUCUGA